CCCUUUCUCUUCUCAUUCCCUUCUCUCACAUCCCUUCCCAUACGCAUCUCACCCUCAUUCCUCUCCUUCUUCUUUUUCCUCCCUUCCCAUUUCAUUUGUUCGUUUUUUCCAUCAGCCAUAUUGUUGCCACUGGAAUCGGCGCAGGUGGUGAGGAUGAAACAGUCCGCUCGAACAAGAAGUUUAGAUCAACCAGCCCAUAAAUUGAGUUGGGAGGAGUCAAAUGCAAAUGUUAAUGAAGUCAUUUCCCUUUCUAAAGAGCUUCCUUACAAUUUGUUCAGGAAGAGGUGGCCGAAGGACGACAUUACAUAUGUUGUUUAUAUAUUAGUUCUUGUAAUAGUCACUUUGUAAAGUAAUGUUCUUGUAUUCAGUAUGUAAGUGUAUUUAGAAUGUAAAAUUGAAGUAUCCUAGAAUGUACUACCCAAAUGUUACCUAGAAAAUAAUUGUCUGCGUGUUCGUUUAUAUCGUCUGAGAAUGGUGAAAACAUUGUCUGUGUGUUCGUUUAUUUUGUUUGUGCAUUGAAAAUAAUAUCUAUAUGUUCGUUUAUAUUGUUUGUGCAUGG